AUGAGUGACGAAAAAACAUCUGAUGAAAAAACAGCACAUGAUGAAAAAUCAGCAACAGCUGGAAAAUUGGAAUCAAUGUCUAAAGAGGAAAUAAUCAAAGUGGUUAAAAAUCAAGUUUUACUCAAAAAGAAACUUGAAAUAAAAAUAAAUGAACUAACAGCAUCAAAUACGAAUUUUAGUCAAAUUGAAGAACAACUUCGUCAACAAAUUGAACAUGAACAAUCAAAAUAUUCUAAAUUAAUGAUCGACUUUGAACAAAAUAAAAUUGAUCAAUUGAAAACUCAAGAAGAACUAAAUACUACGCAUGAAUUAUUGGCACGUUUUAGAUUAGAAAAUGAAACAUUGCAGACUUCAUGCCAAAAUCAGCAAGUUGAAAUAACAAAUCUUCAAAAUCAACUCACAUUCAUUCAGGCAUCAUUGACAAAUGAAUCUCAAAAAUCUCUAUCUCAUUCUGAGCUUUUAUCAAAAUUUAUUUCAACAUCAAUUGAUCGAUUACAACUGCCAAUAUCGCCAUCGAAUAAGUUCGAUGAUGAAUUUUUGCAAGCAUAUACAAAUGAAUUAAACCAAAAACAAGAAAAUUUUAAACAAUUAUUUGAACAUAUUGAAGAAGAAAAACUUCAUUUACAACAACGUAUUGAGGAUUUAGAAUUUUUAAAUGAAGAAGUUAAAUUAGAUUUAGAUGAUUUAAGAUUAAAAUCAAUAAACUAUCAGCAAGAUAAAAAAUCAAUGGAAAAAGAACUCGAUAAUUAUCGUCGACAAAUCGAAGAUUUUGAAGAACAAUUUCUUGAAUUACAACGUGAAAGUCAUUGCAAUCAUUUACAAACAUAUGAAAAUUCCUCGAAACAAUCGUCAGUAUUAACAUUGAAUCAAAUAGAUGAAAAUCUAGAUGAAACUAUUGAUCAAUGUAUGAAUUCCAUGCUCAAUCAAAUUGAAAGUAAUAAUCAGCAUAUAUCCAAAGCAUCAUCAACAUCAUCGUUACUUCUUUCAUCAGACAUUCCAACAUUAUUACAUUCUAUUGGAAUUACUAAUUGUACGGAUGAAGAUUUUUCUGUACCAUUAAAUUUUGAGAGUGUACUUCGUUUAUCUACAUUGUUAGUUGAACGAUGUCGUGUUUUACAAUAUAUUUUACUUAAAAAUAAUGAUAUGUCGAUCAAUUCAUUAAAUGAUGCCGAUUACUAUAAAGAUUGUGCUUUAUUUGUGCGCAACGACGGUUUUGAACAAUGUAAAAUAUUUGUUCGAAAACAAGAUCAUAUUGCAUUAGAUACACUUUUCGAAAGAAUUUAUGUCGGAAUGAAUGAAACGAUUAAAUCUGAUGAAUGGCAAAUUGUUAUUGAAAAAUCAGAUAAUCAGAAAUCGUCUUCAUUUCUUCGAUUACAAUUCGAUAAUUUCAAAUUUGUGUCAGGAGAAAUAGAACAAAAUCUUAUUCGUUUACGUUCACGACAUGAUGAUUUAAUAAAAGAAAAUGAAGAACAGCAAAAUAAAAUAUCUCUAUUAGAACAACGUCUCUAUUCAAAUCAUUCCUAUGAACAACUGAAAGAACAUCAAGCACAAUUAGAAGAACAACUUGCUAAACAAUGUGAAAAAACUAUUCAAUUAGAAAGUAUUCUUACGCAAGAAAAUAUCGAUAAAAUCAAAGUUGACCAAUUGAAACAAAUUGAACUUUCCUAUAAUGAACUUCAACAAAAAUAUCAUAUUGUUAAGCAAUUAGAGGAACACAUACAACAACUAAAUCAAAAUCUUAAUGACAAAGAACUUGAAUUGCAACAUCAACAUAAUUUAUUUGAUAGGUUAAAAAAGGAUUAUGAUAAUCAACAUCUGCAACUGUUAGAACGUGAUGAAAACAUUCAUUCACUUAAAUUUCAAUUAGAACAGGAUGAGAAAUCUAAAGAAAGUCUCAUUGAAAAAUAUCAAAAUCAAAUGAAUCAAUUUCGCAAUGAUUUAGAACAACAAAAAUUAACAUUAAUAAAUGCAGCACAAAAUCAAGAUGAACUUUAUUCAUUUAAAUCAAAACAACAAAAUGAAUUAAAUGAUUUAGUUCAAACAAAAAUAAAUGAGAACAAACAAUUAGAUAAUGAUUUAAAGCAAAAUCAUGAAAUUAUUUUAGAAAAAAAUAAGCAAAUUGAUCAUUAUCAGAAACAAUUGAAUUUAUUAAAUGUUGAAUUAGAUCAAUUUAAAAUCAAAUCUCAUGAAACUAAAGAAGAGAAAAAUAAGUUAAUUAAUGAAAUAGAUUCAUUGAUGAAUCAAGUUACUAAUUUAGAAAAAGAAAAACUCGAAUUGAUUCAGAAUAUUGAUAAUAUAAAACAACAGUUGGAACGAAAUGAUCUAACAACUGAUCAAGACAAACUUCAAUUACGACAAACGAUUGAAAAUCUCCAACACGAAUUAGAUUCAAAUAAAAUUCAUAUACAAGAUGUUCAAUUAAACCAGUCCAACAACAAGAGCGAAUCGAACCAAGCAAAUUUGAAUGAUCAUCAUGAAUCAGAAUUGGAGCAUGUACAACACAAUCAAGUUCUAAAUAAUACGAAUGAUAAAAGUAGAAAGUCAGCAUUUGAUUCAGAAGAAAAUAUUCAAGAAUUAAAAGAAAAAUAUCACAAAAUGAAAGUUUUAUUAACACGUCUUAAAAGAGAACUACAAGAAAAAAAUCAACAUCAACCAAAACAAAGUUUAAUUGAUCUUGAAUUAGCUGAUUACGAAAAAACAAUAAACAACUUAAAAGAUGAAUUAAUGAAUAAAGAUAAAGAAAUUCAAGAUUUACAUGAAGAACUAUCUAAUAGUACAGAUAAAUAUGCUUGUCUUAAAAUUGAAAACAAAAAUUUAGAACAACAAAAUCAACAAAUUGAACAGCGUGCUAAUAAAUUUAAAGCACUUUUAGAUCUUGCAAAAAAAGAAUUACAAACUGCUAAAAAUAUUGAAUUGCAACGACAUUAUAAUGAUGAUCAUGUUCGAGUAUUACUUGAAAAAUUACAAAACGAUUUUGAUAAUAAUAAAAUAUUAAUUACGGAAUUACAAAAUGAGAAACAACAUUUAAUUGAAAAACUCAAUAAUCAAAACGAAACAAGUCAACGAACUAUUAAUCUAUUGGAACAAAAUUUAAGUAUUGUUAAACAUGAUUUGGAUAUUGCAAAACAAGAUAAUGAUACACUUGAAGAUGAUUUCAAUAGCUAUAAAAUUCGUGCACAAAGUGUUCUUAAACAACAUCAAAUGAAUCAACGUGAACGUUUACCAUCAGUAGUAGAUAAACAAGUUGAAUUAGAAGAAACCAUUGAAAAAUUAAAUACAACAGUUCGAGAAGCAAAUGAUAGAAUUCUAGCAUUAAUCUGUGAAAAUGAUAUACUACAAAAAGAACAAGAGCGUCUUAUAGAAUUUCAAGCUAAACUCAUUAAUGAACCUAAGAAACGAGAACAAGAUCUUCGUAAACAACAUAAACUAGAAAUAGAUAAAAUUGAAAACGAAUAUUUACAACGAAUCAAUGAUACCGAUGAUAAAUUGAAAAGUGCAAUACUUCUCAACGAAACGCUUUCGACAGUAUAUAAAGAACAAAUCGUCAGUAUGGAAUCUGAUUAUGAACAUUCAAUAUCAACUUUAAAAAAUGAAUUAGAAACUACUCGGCAAGAAUUGGAACAAUUAAAAAUUCGUAUAGAUUUAUUACGACAAACAAAUAUUGAUAAUGAAAAACUAACAUCAAAUACUGAAUCGUCACAAAUCGGUAUAAAUAAUCAUUCUAAUAGAGAUGAUACCCUUGCAUGCAGUACUUGCGAACGUCAACAAGGAGAAGAGUUCGAAUCGGCUAGCGUCGAACAUCAAUUAUCACACAUUCCAACGAAAACACUUGAUAAUGCCUCAAUUGAUACUAGUAGUACUAUGGAAAAUACUACUACUACUACUCUAUCAUCAGCAAACGAUAAAUCACUUGAUAUUUCAUUUGAAAAAAUUGAAUUCGAACGACAACGUUUAGAAGAAGAACUACAUACAACAAAAAUACGUUUACUCGAUACAGCAGAACUUUUAAAUGAGUCGGAAUUAAAUAAUGCACGUUUAGAUCAACAAGUUACAGUACUCAAAGACGAAAUCCGACGCAUCGAACGUAAUAUGGAUCGUGCUGAGUCCAUAUCAAAUUUAGAAUAUUUAAAAAAUAUUAUUGUAAAAUUUUUUAUUCUAAAAUCCACAGAUGAACGUUUACAGUUAAUACCUGUAUUGGUUACAAUGCUUAAAUUGAGUCCUGAUGAACAAGCACAACUUGUUCGUGUUGCAAAUUUAUCGACAACAUUUGAUGAGAAUUUAAGAAGCAAUGAAUCACAGGCUGCACAAAUAACUAAUAAUAAUGUUAAUUCACCUUCUUGGAGUUCAUAUUUAAAUAUUUGGUGA